AUGAGUCAAAUAAAUUAAAACAAUUAAAAGCAAUUGCCUUCUUAAUGCGAGGUUCUCAUUGUAGGAGCAGGAGUAUCAGGAGCUACAGCAUUUUAUUCUCUUUAAAAAGCUGGAGUAAAAAAUGUAGUAAUAGUAGACACUGGAAAAAGCGGAUAAGGAAAUGACUAAGGUUAAACUACAUCAUAACAUGCAUAUUUAAGAGAAGAUGACGUUAAUUAAAGCAGAGUGUUUGAGUAUGCAAGCAAAAGUGGAUCUGCUGUAAUGGAUUACCCUACUUCUACAAUCAAGAUGAUGGUUAAUUUAUAUCCAAGCACUUCUAAAGAUUAUAUAUAGCAUCAUGGUUUUAAUGGAGCAGUUCGUUAUUUAAAGUUAGCACAUACUGGCUUGCAAAUUCAAUCUGAAUUAGCAUAAAUAGCUUUUGAAAAAGAGCAGCUAAAUGAAAAUUUAGUAUAAAAAGGCUCCUUGUAUGUUUGUGAGGAAAAAGAUGUUGAAGACUUCAAGGAAGAAUUUGAACUACUUAAGAAGUUAGGAUGCAAGGGAGUUGAAUUGUGGGACUAAGAAAAAGUUUGGAAACAUGCUGGAGGACCUCAAACAAAAUUCGUGUUAGGAAUUUACUUUCCAAAUGAUUCAGUUAUAAACUCAUAGCUGUUUUCCUCAAAACUGAUAUAAAAUGUUCUUAAAAUAGAACCAUCUUACAGUCUGUUUGAAAAUACUCCAUAAGUAGUAAAUGUGAAAACUAGCAAAGAGGGUUUUGCAUUAACAAAAUUAGAAAAUGGGGUUGUAAUAAAAAGUAAUUAUGUUGUUGUUUGUACAGGUGGAUUAUUUAAUGACCCUAAUUUGGCAGGAAUACUGAUUCCUUGCUAUUCAUAUUUAGUCUCUUUGAAGGAACCAGAGUCAACAAAAAAUGAUAAAAAUCGUUUACCUUACCCUAACUCUCUGAAUUUCUUCACAUGGGGAUUUACUCAUGAUUGGUGUUUAACUAAAGGACAUCUAAGAUGUAGUGGUGAAGAUCACUUUUCAGCUCUAAAGCCUCCUAGAGAUGCCGAAAGAUGUGCUUCUCUCGCAAGAUGGACAGUAGAAAAAUUACCAUAUUUAAAAGACUCAGAGCUGAACUGUGAUAAAAAAUAUGGUGUCUACUCUGAAACACCAGAUUCUACUCCUCUUGUUGGUACUAUGUCUCCUCAAAGUAAAGUAUGCUACGUUUUAGGAUGCAAUGCUUGGGGAUAAGCUUCUUUAAGCUAUAGUGCUAGUCUUGUACCUGGUCUCCUUGGGUACACAAAUUUAAAUGACGAUCAAAAAGACUCUCUUAAAUUACUAACAAUUAGAAGAUUUGCUUUGCUAAAAGGAGUUAAGAAAUAAUAAACUCCUAAAUUAUGA